AUGACCGAACCCAUCAAUCAUGUUUCGUCGCACGGCGAAUUCGACUCGCUCUUAGCGACGACGAAAUAUGUCAUCGUCGACUUCUACGCCGAUUGGUGCGGGCCCUGCAAGACGAUUGCGCCGCACUUCCUCAAGAUGGCCUCGACAUUUUCCAUUCCCGGUUAUCUCGCCUUCGCCAAGGUGAAUGUCGAUAACGUUGGGUCCGUCGCCCAGAAGUACCAAGUCGCCGCCAUGCCCACUUUCAUGUUCUUCAAAGAGGGGAAGCAGGUCGCCGUCAACGGCAAUGUCACGAUACAAGGUGCCAACCUGCCGACCUUGACACAAGCGGUUGAGAAGAUGGGGAAACUCGCGAAGGCGAAAGCCGACGCCGCCGCCGCGGGAAGUGCUUAG